GAUGAAUCAUUUUGACAUUUCGAGAAGAAAAGUUUAAAAAACAAACAAGUCGGGCAUAAUAAAAUUAUAAUAAUAGUGGAAAAUUCAUAAAAACCAGAAGCAAAAUGUCUGUUAAUACAGCCCACGCCAAUAAUGGCGUUCUAAUACAUGCUGGAGAAUAUAUCUUACUUCACAGCGACAAUGUUACCAUGGAAUUUUCUGGUCAGGACAGUUCGGUCUUUAAGGGAAGCAAGGCCGGACGCAUUUACCUGACGUCACAUCGUAUGAUAUUCAAUAGCAAAAAGUCUGGUGAUGAAAUGCAAUCGUUUAGUGCUCCUUUUAUUGCCAUGAAUGAUGUUGAAUUGGAACAACCGGUGUUUGGUGCCAAUUACAUCAAGGGCAAGGUACGUGCCCAGCCAAAUGGCAACUUUGUGGGCGAAGUCAAAUUCAAGCUUUACUUCAAAUCUGGAGGUGCCAUAGAAUAUGGAAUGGCUUUAUUGCGUGCAGCUAAAACCGCUCAAAGCAACUACCAUCGUGGCGGUUUGCAGGGUGAUGAUCCACCACCAUAUACACCAUCCGGCAAUUGGCAUGAAGCUCCACCACCAGCCUAUCAGCCACCACCGGGCUAUUAUGGUUGGUUGCCACAGCAUGAAGCGUUUAGUGGCCCAGCACCCAAUACUGUGUAUCAGAGUGAUAAUCCACCACCAUACCCUGGUAUUGGAGGACCUCCAGCGUAUGGUGCUCCCGGUGGUACGGCUCCACCUGGUUAUGGCGGUGCACCCGGUUAUGGAGGAGCUCCGGGUUAUGGUGCGCCAGGUUAUGGCGGCGCCCCUGGCUAUGGUGCACCUGGAUAUGGUGGGGCUCCAGCUUAUGGUGGUAGUGCACCACCAUAUGCUGCUCCACCAUAUGGCGAUCCAUCACAACAACAAAAUCUGUAUCCUUCUGUUCCACCAUCACAUCCCUACAAUCCUACCCAACCACAGCCUUAUAAUCCAACACCCCAGAGUAAUAAUCAAGGUUGGGGUGGCUUUUCUGCUCCAGCCAGUCAACAACAAGCGCCACAGCAGCAACAACAGCAAAAUAAUGUCUCAAAUAAUAGCUCUCAACAACGUGAGGAGCCACCAUCAUGGAAUGGCUUUUCAUUGCCACCUGACGAUGAUGAGCCAGCACAGCGUCAACAAAAUCAAACUCAACAGUCAUCAGCACCACCACAUGCUGGUGGCUAUGGAGGUGGGUAUCCAACGGGUCCUUCUAAUGGAGGAGGAGGAGCUCCUCCUCCAUAUCCACCUUAUCCUAAUUAUGCACCAAAUAGCGGUUAUCCCCCAUAUCCACCACAGCAACCACAACCCUAUGGUGGUGGUGGAUAUCCUCCUUAUCCUCCAGCUGCUGGGGGUCCACCGGCGGGGGCUAUGGGUUUCACUGCACCAAAUUAUCAUUCAAAGGAAGCUGAAGCCUUAGCCAGUGCUUUUAAUACCACAGAAAAUCAACGACCAGGUGGCUCACGUGGAGGAGCCCCUCCGGCUUAUGAUGAUUUGCCACCAACCUAUGAUGAUUCUAAUCGCAAAAAAUACCAAUAAAUCGGCUUUACAUCCACUUAACAAUUUUUUGUGAUUGAAUUCUGGACAUUCCCCCCCAAAGAAAUAGAAGCAUUGUUUGGCUUUAAGUGCAAAUUAUUAUUUUAAAUCUUAACACGAAAAUUGUUAACAUUUUUAUGUAAACACAUAUUGUUAUUAUUUUUUUCUUCCCUAUUAAAUAUUUAUAUUCUUUCAAUAUUAUAUUUUAUAUUAAUAUAUGUAUAAACUUGUAUGUGAAUUAAAUAUACCAUUAUUGCAACUAUA